UUGGGCUGCGUGGUCGGGGAGUUUGCUGUGUGCUCGGUACCACACGGGGACCCUGACACGGGACCGGACCGGACGGGAGAGGACGGCGUGUUGUCUGAUCGAUCCUGGUCUCUGUCAGUUUUGUUUGCGUCUCGGUCUGAAGGGGGGAUCUGGUCUCUCACACGCCGAGCUGACGUCGACUGCGCCGCGCACGGUUCCUGUGGUUGUUCCUGGGUAAACUGUGUGCUGGAUCGUGAUCCACACUGCUCGGGUGAGCUGUGACUUGUCCCCUUCCUCGUCUCUCCGUGCACCUGCAUGUACCGUGAGCAGCCCCGGCCUGUCGGAGAGGCGCUGUGCUCAGAGACCGUGCUGCACUAGGAGAACCCAUGGCUUCUGGCCCUCAAUCUUCCUCUCUAGACCGCAGGCUCAGUCUGCUGGAGCUGCUACUCGGGCCUCUGUUGGUCUUGCUGAUUUCAGGGCUCGUACCGGCACUUGGUCAGAAGGUCUACACCAAUGCAUGGGCUGUGCACAUACCUGGAGGUCAGGAGGAAGCUGAACGCGUCGCUACUAAAUAUGGGUUCGUCAACUUCGGACAUGUUUUUGGCGAUUAUUAUCACUUCCGGCAUCGCACAGUGGUGAAGAGAUCACUGUCAGAUCACAGAGGGACACAAGUCCGUCUAGAAAAUGAUCCCAAGGUGACUUGGGCUGAGCAACAGGUGUCAAAACGGAGGAAAAAGCGAGAUGUGUACGAGGAACCUUUGGAUCCUAAAUUCAGAGACCAGUGGUACCUGUACAACAGCAACCACCGUGACCUGAAUGCCAAAGCCGCAUGGGAGUUGGGCUACACAGGCAAAGGCGUAGUGGUGUCCAUCCUGGAUGACGGCAUAGAGAAGAACCACCCGGACCUGAGCCAGAACUACGACCCCGAUGCCAGCUAUGAUGUGAACGAUGGUGACCCGGAUCCACAGCCUCGAUACACACAGCUCAAUGACAACAGGCAUGGGACACGGUGUGCAGGAGAAGUGGCAGCAGUGGCCAACAAUGGGUUCUGUGGAGUCGGUGUGGCCUACAACGCCAAGAUAGGAGGUGUGCGCAUGCUGGACGGCGAGGUGACUGACAUGGUGGAGGCCCAGUCUCUCAGUCUGAACCCCCAACACAUCGAUGUCUACAGUGCCAGCUGGGGCCCGGAGGACGACGGCAAAACAGUGGAUGGACCUGCCAAACUCGCCAAAGAAGCCUUUCUGCAUGGAGUUACAAAGGGUCGUGGUGGUUUGGGCUCUAUCUUUGUGUGGGCGUCUGGAAACGGAGGGAGGGAGAAGGACAGCUGUAAUUGCGAUGGCUACACCAACAGCAUCUACACACUGUCCAUCAGCAGCUCCACACAGAACGGCAACGUCCCCUGGUACAGUGAGGCCUGCUCCUCCACCCUGGCCACCACCUACAGCUCGGGGAACCUCAACGAGAAGCAAAUAGUGACUACAGACCUCAAAUCAAAAUGCACAGACUCCCACACAGGCACCUCUGCCUCUGCCCCGCUGGCUGCUGGGAUCAUUGCUCUCGCCCUCGAGGCCAAUAAAAACCUCACCUGGAGGGACAUGCAACAUCUGGUUGUGCGAACUUCUCACCCUGCCCACCUGCUCACCAACGACUGGAGGACCAACGGGGUUGGCCGCAAAGUUAGCCACUCAUACGGAUACGGCCUGCUUGAUGCCAGUGCAAUAGUUGGUCUGGCUAGGACGUGGACCAGUGUGGGGCCGCAGCGGAAAUGUGUGAUCACCAUGGCCUGUGACCCAAGAAACAUCGGCAGCCAUUUAUCGAUCAACAAGAGCGUGGACGCCUGCUUUGGGACAGACAGUCAUGUGACCUCGCUAGAGCACGUCCAGGCCCGGCUCACCCUUUCCUAUAACCGAAGAGGAAACCUGGCAAUCCACCUCAUUAGUCCUGCAGGCACACGCUCCACUCUGCUCCACCCCAGACCUCAUGACUACUCCUCAGAGGGGUUUAAUGACUGGGCGUUCAUGACCACUCACUCCUGGGACGAGAACCCGAACGGGGAGUGGACCCUGGAGAUCGAGAACGUGGCUGGCGCCAGUGACUAUGGCACUUUGACCCAGUUCAUCCUGGUGCUGUACGGCACCGGCUCAGCAACCUCCAGCUCAUCUGAGAAGGCUCAGCCCAGUAACGGCAGCUGUAAGACCUUGGACCUGAGGCAGAUAUGCAUUGAGUGCGACUCUGGCUACUACCUCUUUCAGCAGGGCUGUGUGAAAGAAUGUCCAGCAGGCUUCUCAGUGGGCUCCCAGCCCCUCAACUACACCGUGGGUAACUCCAUAGCACCACUGACCGUCCCGGCCUGCCGGCCCUGCCCGUCGCCCUGCCUGACCUGCAGCAGCCUCAGCAGUCUGGCCUGUCUGUCCUGCCCGCCUCACAGCUCACUGGACCCCAUUUCCGGCACCUGCAUGCAUUUGAACCACUUUAUGCGCGAGUCCCCCGGCAGCUUCAUGGUGGGCCAGGGGGACCCUGAAUCGCAGCUCCAGCUGAGCUCCCGGUUGCCCAUCACCAUCGCCGUGCUCAGCUGCAUGGCCAUCAUCGCCACCUUUGCUGGCGUCUUCCUCUUGCUGCAGCUGCGCUCCGGUGCACUCAUCAAGCUGCCCUCCCUGGAGGCCGGCGGCGGCCUCGGGGGUGGCUUCAGCCUCGGGGGGAACAGGGUAGUGUCCUAUCGUGGCAUCCCAACAGUGUGGGGGGAUGACGGGGUGAACACAGACUCCGAUAACGAAGAGUUUGACGUCCACAAUGAGAGGACUGCCUUUAUCAAAACACAAAGUGCUCUUUAAUGCCUCCACCACAUCCCUCCUCCCCUCCUGCUUUUAAAAACCCCACCCCCUCUUUGGUCUGAUGAGUCAGGGCUGUGGUAACUGUCCCUUCACAGUCUCUCUGGUUUUAUCUCUCAUCCUUUUUCCCUCUGUCUGCGUCUUCCCGGGUUUUUGUUGGAGUCCUGCUUCAGGAUCUCGUCUUCCACUCUGCAGUGGGAGACCCGGCGGGAAGCAGCUGUCUCUCAGAGCUCGGGAUGGCCCCAGCUUUGCUCCGUUCACACUUGGGCGCACUUCUAUUAAACUGGCUCACUCCCUCGUCUUGCCCUCAAUCACAAACAGAGUCUGUCUGUGCAGAGUCCAUUUUCCCCCCCAGCUCCGUCUCCUUUUUUGUUACAGUAAACAACUGAUUAUUAUUUGCUUUCUUCUCUUUUAUUCCUCUUUUCAUCAGUCUCAGUGCAGUAGCCAGACGAGAUUGUUGAGUGUGAGGAGAAGAGUGCGUGUGCACGUGAAUGCCUGUUUGUGCGGAUGUGAGCGUGAUUAUGUAAAUCUGAUGCAGUUUAAUGCCCUUUAUAGAGAAGCUAAAGCCGGUCCUGUCACAUUUAAUACUGAAGUGAUAACAAAGACUUGUAAUAUGACGCAUUAAAUCGGAUUAGGAAACACUGAUUCUCUCCAAAGUGUCAUUUAGUGACAUUAGUGUCCAAAAUCUGUCCUGAAAUGCUCCAUUUACUCAAAGUUAUUUACAUUUUUAGAGUGCAGUUUUGAAAAAUCCACAAAUCAAAAGCAGAAUAGUUGUCAAAGAAAUGUCCAGACUGUAAUGGUUUCUAAUAAUGUGUCACUGAAACAGUCUGGGAGCUUUCUGAAUAUCCACCCUCUAUCUUUUUAUGAUGAGAUGUUUCAUAUUUACUGAAAAACAAAAAUCCAUCUCUCACACAGUCUCUUUUAAAUCUGUAUAGUUAUUGAUCUUUGUGUGAGGGGGGCUUCUGUUCUCUUAUUGUGCACACAAUCUGCAAAGAUCUCUCUCAGCUCUGGCUCAAAAAAAAAAUGGUGAGUCACACAGCUAACAAAGCUUCCUCCAGCCUUUUGAGAUUUAAGAUGGACUCUGAGAAACUAUAAAUUCUUCUGCACUCAUAACCUCCAAACCAUCACAGGAGGAUCGCAAAAAAAAUCUGAUAAAUUCCAAGGAGAAGGCGGCUACUCCAUCAACCCUGAGGCACUAACCUUCCAGGGAUAUUUAAUUUCUGUGUGUGAAGAGCUCACAUCCCGGGGCUGAAAGAGAAGCAGCUGAGAUCCUGAUGGGACGCAGAACUAAAAUGUGACCGAGGAGAGCUUCUUCUCAAACAGCUGUGUAGUUACUGUGGUGGAUUCUUAAUAGAGCAAACACUGAAACAACAAAUCAAUGCGCUCCCGGUUUUUGUCAGAGCAAAUUAGCACUACAAGAACUCAUUACGCAUGCCUCAUAUCAUUAGAACUUAGUUAAUGUGUGUGAGCAGGUGUGUGUGUGUGUGUGUGUGUGUGUUUGUGUGUUUGUGUGUGUGUGUGUGUGUGUGUGCGUGUGUGCGUGUGCGCGCAUGUGUGUGCGUGCGCAUAUGAAAAAAGGAGAACUCCUCUAUCCUCUGAGCGGGGGUUUCCUCUCCUCUUUCAUCUCUUCCGUAAAUCUUGAAUACUCUUUAGAUACUGCUGCGUCUAGACCCCCCUCUCUUUAGUGUCUCCACACUUACCCUCCAGUCUUCUUCUAAUCUGAAUUUCAGAUUAUGUCUUCAGCGUACUCGCCAAUUAAUGAUAUUCAGAUUGAUUCUGCAGCAGCUAUUUAUUCUGAGAGAUUUUAAUCAUACCUUUAGGGUAGAUUGUUUUAAAGUGAUUUUUCUCCUGGGCUGGUUAUCCUCUCAAAUCUGCAUCUCGUCAUCCAAUGCAGAGUAGAUAUUUGGAAUCCAUUGAUCCCUCUGUCUUUUUUUCUCUAUUACAUUGAUUUUUUUUUUUUUCCAUUUCCAGUCCUAAAACAAUGGAGCUUGCUGAGAGAGGUUGUCAUGGUGAUGACGUGCAUACAAAUCUGCAGCUGCUCAUCCUUUUAUCUACCUCUCAUAUCAUUCAGCAAGAGUUCAUGUGCUGUAAUAGGAGCUGUUAAAUGCUUAUUGAGGGCAUAUAAUAUGUAGGUCACGUAUUAAAACGCUUCUCGUGAUAGAUUUAGGAGGAUCGGCGUGCCAGUCAAAUUUAUGUUUUAGGAGUGAAAUAAGCAACUGCAUUUCUUAAACUGUAAAGCUGCUGUGUAAAUUCUCAACUCCUGACCUCCUAUCUCCCCUCCAAUUUAUUGCCUUUAGGAUCAGCAUUCAUGGGCUGUCACACCUGGGCUUUAAAACCUGGUGUUGGAAAUAAAAUGGGUAAAAGGAUCCGUAGAUCUUGUUGGCGUCUGAGUGUUAAAUCAACUUAAAAUUAUGGGCUCCUUGUUUCUACUCAUUUUCAAGACGAGCGACUCAAUCGGCAAAGAUCUUUCUGUUCUUAAGUAACUGACAAUCAAACUGUUACCUGGCGUUGGGAAGGUGCACAGGCACACAAAACAACAUUUAAUGAAACCACUCGUGUUACAAAGCCUUCACAGAAGGUGUUUUCACGAGUAAGAAUGUGAUUAAAAUUGUGAAACAGAAAGAGUUAACCAAAAAUAUUAUUAAGACAUAUGAAAAUAGGGUUUCCUAUCUUUUUCCAGCCAAAAUCCUCUCUGAAAACCUCGAGAAGGAUUUGUAUGAAUCCUCUGAAACACAGCCCUGAGCCAGGAUGCUUGAUUCAUCUCAGCUGGCUGGUGCAGGUGCAGCAAAUUUGGCUUAUCGCGGCAGUUUCAGCGAGGAAGAACUAAACUGUUUUGCAAACCCAGCUGAGAACGUGGAUUUUUCGAGAAAGUGCCCUCUUAAGUAUUGAAGCUAAAGUGGCUGCAGAAUAAUGAGUGCGUGCUGCAUUGCUCUGUGUGAUGUACAUUAGUGCCUACUGCCAUUUAGGCUGUUAUUAGCCUCAGUUUAAGGAGGAUGGUAAUCUACAAAAUGUAAUAAGUACAGCUUCAGACUUGAGCCACAGACUCCUUAUCGACUUCCCAGUGUGGUGUUAAGUGUGUAAACAACAGAUUAUGGGCUAAUGCGGCACUAAAACUGCUUCCAUAAACUUAAAUUCUGGACGCUCGGUUAGCUUUUUUAAUCAGAACUCAUGUGGAACUCUUUUUGAUUUGUUUAUUUAUGCUUAGUCAUGUCUGCAUCUUCAAGUGUCCAUCUUCCCUUCCAGAAGAUUCACAUUGCUUCCAGAAAGACUCGAGCUGCCCUCAGAGUGAAACAUUUUAGGGUGUUUAUACAACUUUCUGUUGCCCCUUCAGUGCACACAAAAUGAUUUAUUCAUUUUGGCUUCAUGUUGUAUCCACUACAGCCUGAAAACUCAAAAGUUUAAACUGAUUAACUCGGAGCUUUGUGCACUCAAGUGUUCAACUUUUAAGGAAAGUAUGGAUGCAGGCUGCAUUAAGUAGCUCAUGCUUCCACAGCAUGGUGAGCUGCUGAAAGCCAUUAGCAAGCUGUCUCACUCUUUCGCUGCAGAUAUGUGAUGAAAACCACACACUAAAUAAAGAAGAGGAACUCUAAUUGUGCCAGAUAGCAGUUCAUAAUUAAAACGCUACCACUUCACUGGCACCAAAAUGUGAAGCCUCUCCAUGAAAAUAACAAGAACAUUGCUAAAAAAAAAAAAAUCUGCAAAUUGUCUCGUCUGAUGAUAAAGAUAAGAGUCUCUUUUGGGGAGGGCAGAGUUUUUUUCUUUAUACAGCUGACUUAUUUAAAGCUCGAUGUUGCUUCAUUCCUGCCUUAGGAUGUAGUUUGAAGUGAUCAAUAUGAAGUUGGAUGGAGUAAAUAGGGGCAAUAUCUUUGGAAUAACCAAAGACAAUCAUUUUAAUGCUGUCUGUUUAGCAUUACGACGUGUUGCUUUCAGGUUUUACAGUCCAUUGAGCCCUUCACUUGUGUUCAGAGUGUUUUGUUGAUGUGAUUCUGUCAUCUCUGCCUUUAUUUUGAAGUCCUGCAGCGACAGCCUGUAUGUUCAGCAGCAGUGGAGGAGGGAGGUAGAAUGUAUCCCAUCUCCAUUAACUUAAGGGCUGAAUCAGAUCUGCGUGUGUGCACAUGCUUGUAUGAGUAUAAAUGAAACACUUUGAUGGUGUGGGCGAGGUCGGUCAGACUCUGAUGAUCUCCUUGCGCCUCUUGUUGAGGUUCCUGGCCUGUGGCUGCACACAGUACCUUACAGAUUUGUGACCUAUGAAUAAUGUACAAGAAUGACUAUCUUACAUGGGACAAAACUCUAAAAUAAGGCCUAUUUUUGUACUAUAUGAAUGGUGCAGUGUAAUUUUCUUGUAAUUUAAAGAUUUUUUUGCUCUUGUUUUUUUUUCUCCUUUUUAUUUAAUUGAUGUCAAUUAUAGAUUCUACUAAAAAUAAAGAUCUAUGCAAAUUUGAA